AUGAACACAUUGCAGCAACGACACUUCUGGACAAGAGCAAAUGUCACAUUAGUUGAAAUAGACAAACCAUUGUGGUAUCUGUCAUGUGACAAUUGCAACAAAUCUGCAAGUGCAACUGUAAACGAAACUUAUUCAUGUAGAUUUUGCAAGCACAGCUCCGCUACACCAACUCCAAGAGCAAGAGCAAUCGUUCAGUUACAGGACUCCACAGGGUCAAUCAUAGCAUCAAUUAUUGGAAAACCAGCUGAAACAUUCUUGAAAUGUUCAGCAACUGAACUGAUGAAACAAAGCUCUGAGGAACAUACGAAGAUCAGCUCCAUAGUUCCAACAAAUACUGCACAUGACAACAUUGUAUACAUCAAAGCUGUAAAUAUGGAGGCAACCAUCAACAAAACACCAUACGAAAUCAUCUUUAUCCUUGAACCACACCCCAAAGAUGACAACCACUUACCUACUAACAUCACACAACCAAGCAGUUCACAUGAAGCAUACAAACAUUCAGACAAAAAACAAAAGCAAGAGUAGUUGUUGAAGACCUAAAAAUACAUAUUUUGUAUCCCUAAAGCACACCUAUGUCUACAAUCAAAGAAACCUAAUUCCCAGCAUCUCUAUUUGCCAUGCUAAAUUUUGUUCAUUGUGUAUAUGAACAUGUUGAAAACUAUGUACUCAAGUAAGGCAUGUAACACCUCUAUGUAUGGCACCUAAAAACACUAUUUUGUAUUUCA